AUGUCAAACGCUGAGAAAUGUGCUUCCUGCAAUAAAUAUGUCAUCAAAGUAUCGCCGCGCAAAACGAUCGUGACAUCCCAAAAAAUGGCGGAAUUCUUGACGCAAUAUCUAAAAUCUCAAAUUGUGUUACAUGAUGUUUUAUGCAACAAUUGCCGAAUAAAAGCAUAUAAAAAUAAGAAAACCGACAGUGCUUGUGAUAAUAAUAAUGAAAAUGAUGUGAUUGUGGAAAGCUCAGUCUCAUCUUCAUUUGAUGAUCCAGAUUUUAAUAUUUCACUUAUGGAAUCAGCUAAAGAUGACGUUAUAAAGAUUGAAGUCCCCAUAAAAAGAACUGUUGCAACACACAAAUAUUGUUUUAUUUGUAAUGAUACAAAAAAUAUUCAUGUUAUUCCGUUUGAAGCAAGAUUACAAAUAUAUAUUAAGAUAAAAAUCUAUGUUCCUAAAGGGAAUCGAUGUUGUCGAAAACAUUUAAUUAAAAAUAAAUUGUAUAAUGACGAAUUGAAACAUAUAUCCAUUUAUUCACAUUUUAGUUCCAUUGAGCCUGUAGAAUUACAACAAUUAUUAAAUAGUUUAGCAAUUACUUGUGAUUCAACAUUGUUUGACAAAAUUGGUGAUUUUAAUAUGCCAGAAGAACAAUUAUUCAUAUUUACUGGCUUAACGUGGGAGAAUAUUAUAGAAUUGAAGACAAUGUUAAUAUCAAUGAAGAAUUCAGCAUCUCGAAAUGUUACACAGGCUAUUAUUAUUUUUUUAUUUAAAUUACGAAGUGGUAACGCAAAUGAAACAAUUGCUUCUAUUUUUCAGUUAGAACAUAAACAAUUAGUUUCAGAUUAUUCAAAUGCAGUCAUGAAUGCGUUUGAUAAAGAUGUUCUUCCCUUAAAGUUUGGUUUAAAAUCUGCGACUAGGGAAUAUCUAAUUAAUAAUCACACUAGUAAUGUAGCUAAAUCGUUGUACGACAUUGAUAACAAAUUACUAUUAAUUUGUGAUGAUGGUUAUAUUGUAGACAUUCUAGGCCCAUAUUACGCUACUCAAAAUGAUGUGUCAAUAAUGAAAGAAAUAAUGACCGAAUCAAAUGGAUUAUGUAAUUUAAUGAAAAAGGGGGAUAUUUUUAUACUCGACCGUGGUUUCAGAGACGUUAAAAAUAUGUUAACUGAACAAGGUUAUGGUGUACUAAUGCCAGCUUUAAAAGGGAAACGACCUCAGUUGUCAACUACUGAAUCAAAUGAUUCACGAUUUGUAACAAAACUACGAUGGGUGGUUGAAGCCAUCCAUGGAAUACUUAAACAAAAAUAUCGCCUUCUGGACAGAAAAUUAGACAAUAAAAUGUUACCUAAAAUUGGGAUUUAUUGUAAAAUUGCAUCAUUUUUACAAAAUCGUUAUGGCAAACGUUUAAACUCCGAUGCGGGACGAUUGGAUAUUAUUGCCCAAAUGAAAGAAAAAAAGAAUCAAGAAAACUCAUUGUCGGAAGAAAUAGAAAAGCACGGAUGGAGCAGAAAAAAAUUAAUAUUUAGCGAUAUAUCUACUUCAGAUAUUUUCGAUUUUCCGGAAAUGACGGAAAAUGAUUUACAUAUUUUAUUCACAGGCUCAUACCAAUUCUCCCAAGCUAUCUCGUAUUUGGCAGAAAUAUUGAACGCGGAUGGUUCAAUUACUGCAAAAUAUGUCAAAGAAAGAACCGGUGCAAUAUUUAACGAAGGCUUCUCUUCUACAUUGAAAACUACGGAAGCAUUAGACAUUACAAUAGGAAAACACUGCAAAAGAUUCACUGACUCUCGUGACGAGAUGCGCUUGAAUAAAGCAGAGUUCCGCAGUUUACAAAGGACAAAAGAAACUCGUACAGUUAUCAAAAUGAAGAGAACAUUACAGCAGGAAUUGUUCGAAGAAGAAGAGGGUUUAUUGUAUGGUCCCGGAAUAGCAGAUUAA